AUGUGGUGCAACAUCUUCCAGCUCGUUUAUCGAGCCAUUUUGAUAUUGCACAGUGUUGCAGCUGUACAAGGAUUUUCUUGGAGUGCUGGAGAAGCAUCAUCAAACGUCGCACGGAAAAUGUCUAACAGCGCAGUGAGCUCUUCCGCCAUGGCACAAUCAGGCUCUCGCCUACCGAGUAUCUACGCUGUCGCCAUGCAAGAACUUCAGGAGCUCGAAUCCGAGCCACUAUGUCAUCGAGUCGCCGCUCGCCUUUUGGUAAACAACUGCCAACUGCUCGAUGGGAAGGACGAUGCCACUGUGCUCAUUGAUAGCGGCAGACAGAUCCGAGACUUUGUCGACUCAUACGCCGCCAGCCUGGCAAUUUGUGAUCUUGAAAGGGGGCAGUUUGAUAUUCCUUCCAGCUGUACGCCGUUCCGAGAGUCGACUUUAACAAUGAUUCCUGACUCAAAAGUCCCACGUCUCCACGUCUCCCCGCAGCAGAUCGAUUCCUGCCUUUCUGGUUUGGCCCGGUCCGACUCAGCAUGGAAUACAUGGGUCAGCUACCGUCAUAAAGCUUUGAGAUUCUGUGAAGCUGCUCGCGUUGACAAUGACAAAGCUCAAAGUGUGCGCCUCCACCAGCGGUUAACAGAGGUCCUAUCGAAGCUUUCCGACGGAGUUGAACGGGAGCUGGAGCUUCAUCUACAGGCCAUGAAAACAAGAGCCAAUCAGGCAACAGAGCAUUUGCGUAGCAUUAUUCCUGAUGUCGAUCAGCUACGGAACAAUCUACGAGAUGUAGACCGAAUCAUCUCUCAAGAGAUGAUACAUACAGCCCAGGCAUCGAAACUCGCAUUACAAGAUGGGUUUGAAAAUGCCCAAAACUUGCAGCAACUAUUAUCCAUUCUUCUCGGAACGGUCCUGAGCAGCAAUGCCGAAGUCGCAGCCACAUAUGAGACUACAAUUUCAGCAUUCAAACAGAAUGCCCAGAGUCAGAUUGACGCUGUUCUAUCAGUAUUGGCAUCAGCCUCAGCCUCUUCCCUGGUCAUGCAGAACCGAAUGGAGUUAUCGAACGCUGGGCUACGAGGACUCUCUGUGCUUACCGAAAACCUUUCGUUACAGUAUGAGACCCACGUUAGAAGCUUGACGCAGGCGCAGCAAACAUCAGAAGAUCUUAUAGGGAAACUGGACAAGAUCGCGCAGUCUGCAUCUGACAUUCACGGCUCAGUAAAUAGUUCAUCUGGCUGGAGGACUUAUGUGCCUUACCUUGUGUGCCCGACUGUUUCUUUGCUCAUGGGAUCCUACGGCCUUCCACCGUCAGCCAGCCGAAAUCUUGUGCUUAUUACUAUAGGAGAAGUUGCUGGGGCUAUCGUAUCGCAUACCCAUUUCUUCGCUCCUCAAAUUUGGGGACGUUUUUCAUCUACAGCAGCACCACAUAAUGAGAAGAAGGACACCGUUUUCCUCGCUCCAGCGAACAACGACAUUGACCGAGACCUUCCAUAA